AUAAACGGUAUAGACGAAAGAACUCGAAAGGAAAGGAGAAAAUGGAGGCGAAGGCCAAACACGAUUUUACAGCAACAGCAGAUGACGAACUAACUUUCCGGCGUGGUCAAACUCUUAAGAUAUUAAGUUUUGAUGAAGAUCAGAAUUGGUUUAAAGCUGAGUUGGAUGGAGAGACUGGCUUUGUACCACACAAUUACAUUGAAAUGAAACCUCACUCGUGGUUUGUGGGUAAAGUGACCAGAUGUCAAGCCGAGGAACGAUUACGGAAGUCAGCGAGUGGUGGUAUUCCACAACCAGAUGGUGCCUUUAUAGUGAGAAUGAGUGAAAGUGCCCCUGGAGAAUUCUCUAUAUCAGUCAAAUUCAAAGACAGUAUACAACAUUUUAAAGUGUUACGUGAUGGACAAGGCAAAUACUAUUUGUGGUGUGUUAAAUUUAAUUCUGUGAAUGAAAUUAUAGAUUAUCAUCGAACAAACUCUGUGAGUCGAACUCAGACAAUCCUGUUACAAGAUUUGGUUAUGGAAAGGACUGCAGUAGCAAUGUAUGACUUUAAACCAGAAGACCCAUCAGAACUAGGAUUCAGGAAAGGUGACAUUAUAACUGUAUUAGAAUAUGUGGAUGAAAACUGGUGGAGUGGAAAAUUAGGUAACAGAGAUGGACUUUUCCCAGCUGCUUAUGUGAAGUAAAGUGAGGGUGUGUAAUUUGUUCCCAUCGGUGUGCCAUUUAUUGUGUUUAUCAUUUCAUAGGGCCAUUAUGUUGAAAACCAGUAUAUUUAUUUUCUGGUAAAUAAUCAGAUAUUAUUUGGCCUUUGUGAUUUUUAUGCAUGUGAAUUAUUGUAUUGAGUUAUUUAAAGUUUUUAGCUUUAAAGCAUUUACACUCACAACUUAUGAACAAAACCAAAUGUCAGUGUUUUUGUUCACACUAUUUUUUACUUGUAAAUAAUCAGAUUUUUAUCCAUGUGAAUUUUAUUUACUUUUUUAAAGUUUGAAGCUUUAAUGCAUUUACACUCACAGCACUUAUGAACGAAACCCAACUGCCUGAGAUUUUAGCUCAAUGUUCUUAUCUUUGAGGUUAUUUUUAUAAAUAACUUAAUUUUAAUGAAGUGAUUUAUAAUUGGUAUUCUUCUACGAGUCUCAUAAAACACAAUUUUAAUAAUAUAAGUCUACGUGUUUUUUAACUUUUGUAUAUCUUUAAUGGAGAUUUUUAUGGACAGUAAUUCAAGGAUGACAGAUAUUUUGCAUUCAUGAAAUGCAUAAAUUUCAUGUGUGUAUCUAAUAUAAGUGUCAUUUUCAUGAAUCUUUUUCUGUAAUAUGUGUAAAUCUGUACAUUUUUUAAAUAGAAAUAUAUUUUGAAAUAUAGCUCAAUUUUUGUAUAAACAUGCAUCUAAAAAUUUUUCUUUUUAAGCACAUUUCUUAUAUAGAGUUUCUUAAAGAUUCAAAAGAAAUAAAUAAGCCUUUUGUAUUCAAGUAUUUUGACAGUCCAUGCAUCACUUACCAUUUUCUAUGUUUUCUAAAUCAUUGCGAGAUAAUAACUUUAUGUAUAAUACAUUUACUUCUGAUCUUGAGAUUUUAUAC